AUGAAAACUUUGUAUUUUCUGGGCGUUGUUGCCCUUCUAGCCAUCAGUGGCUUUGCCGACGAUGAGAAAAAGGAUAAAUAUGGAACGAUUAUCGGAAUCGACUUGGGAACGACCUACUCGUGCGUGGGAGUCUUCAAGAAUGGACGUGUUCUCGACAAAAGCAAUAAGCCAUAUGUGCAAGUGAAAGUCGGAAAAGAUAACAAGCAAUUCACUCCGGAGGAAGUCUCUGCGAUGGUGUUAGUGAAAAUGAAAGAGAUCGCUGAAUCGUAUCUUGGCAAGGAAGUGAAAAACGCUGUGGUGACGGUGCCUGCUUAUUUCAAUGAUGCUCAAAGACAAGCCACUAAGGACGCUGGAGUCAUUGCUGGCCUUAACGUCGUCCGUAUCAUCAACGAGCCCACAGCUGCUGCUAUCGCUUAUGGACUUGAUAAAAAGGAAGGAGAGAAGAACAUUCUUGUUUUCGAUCUCGGUGGCGUGCAAAAGCUUCGUCGUGAAUGCGAGAAGGCCAAGCGAGCUUUAUCCACUCAACAUCAGGUGAAAGUCGAAGUUGAAUCAUUGCUUGAUGGUGAAGAUUUCUCGGAGACACUCACUCGUGCCAAAUUCGAAGAGCUCAACAUGGACCUUUUCCGUGCCACUUUAAAACCCGUUCAAAAGGUUUUGGAAGACUCUGACUUGAAGAAAGAGGAUGUGCACGAGAUUGUGCUUGUCGGAGGAUCGACUCGUAUCCCUAAAGUUCAACAGCUUAUCAAGGAGUACUUUAAUGGCAAAGAACCAUCCCGAGGCAUUAACCCUGAUGAAGCUGUCGCUUAUGGAGCCGCUGUUCAAGCUGGAGUCAUCUCUGGAGAGGAGAACACUGGUGACAUUGUGCUUCUUGAUGUAAACCCGUUGACAAUGGGUAUCGAGACGGUUGGAGGAGUGAUGACGAAAUUGAUCCCAAGAAACACUGUCAUUCCCACAAAGAAAUCUCAAGUGUUCUCGACGGCUGCCGACAAUCAGCCAACUGUCACCAUUCGUGUGUUUGAGGGAGAACGACCAAUGACAAAAGACAAUCACGAGCUUGGGAAAUUCGACUUGACUGGAAUCCCGCCUGCACCACGAGGAGUCCCACAAAUUGAGGUCACUUUUGAGAUCGAUGUCAAUGGUAUUCUCCAUGUGAGUGCUGAGGACAAAGGCACUGGAAACAAGAAUAAAAUCACCAUCACAAAUGACGCAAACCGAUUGUCGCCUGAAGAUAUCGAGCGUAUGAUUAAUGAUGCCGAGAAAUUCGCUGAAGAUGACAAGAAGUUGAAGGAACAGGUGGAAGCCAGAAAUGAGCUCGAGUCGUACGCAUACUCAUUGAAGAAUCAAAUCGGAGACAAGGAAAAAUUGGGCGGGAAAUUGGACGAAGAAGAGAAGAAAACGAUUGAGGAAGCAGUUGAUGAGGCAAUCUCGUGGCUUGACUCGAAUAAAGACGCAAAUACAGAAGAGUUAAAGGAGAGAAAACAAGAGUUGGAAGGAAAAGUUCAACCAAUCAUCUCAAAGCUUUAUCAAGGAGCUGGCGGCGGAGGUGGUGAUGGUGCUGGUGCUGGCCAAGAGCAGGAGGAAAAAGAUGAAUUG